AUGUUUGCAGAACAUCCUCGCGCGUGUUUGGAUCUUCUUCAAGGCCGGAAAAGCCUGCAAUUCUUCGGAAUUACAAGUAGAAUGAAGGAACCCUGUUUCCGAUGUAAACGGCCGACAUAUAUCAAUGAUAAGGUGGGACCGUUGAAAGAUGGUGCUAUGUUUCACAAAGGAUGCUUCAAAUGUUGGAUAUGUGGUACGAGGUUGUCGCUGAAGACUUACUUCAACAACAGAAAUGACACUCAAGACUUAGAGGUAAGUCUUUUUGUGGGAUCUUAAAUCACUUUAAUUGUUGUAAGGUAAAUCCUCGGGUUAUUAGGUUUACUGUGCUGGCCAUGUCCCCACACCUGGUCCCCACGAUCCCAUCCCCCACCGUUCCAAUCUUUUAUUCUCGCCAAAAACACGAGGUGAUUACCCCCACAACAUGCGAUGA